GGAGAAAGGCAUCAAGAGGAGGGAGGCACACAUGCAGUACAGUGUGCGUAUGUGUUGUUUCUGACAGCGAGGUGGGAGGAGAGGAGGAACAGGAGAAGGAGGAGGAAGGGGUGCUUCCUCAUCAGUCUGGGGCUGAGCUGCUGAUGUAUCCCAGUAGUCCGUAGCAACAGGAAACCUUGGUAUAAAAAGCAGCGUUGCAGGGGGAACCCUCCUAAGAGCCUCUCAGCCGCAGCAUGACCAGGACGGAGAGCCUGAGAGUUCGGACUUAACAAAACAAUGCCCAGCCUAAUCGUCGAACCACUCAACAAACAACAGUUCAUCAUGGAUAGAGAUGACAGAAAGAGAAACAAGAACAUUGGAAAGAACUUUAUGUGCCGACUCCAAGGCAUGUUCUCACACUCAUCAAGCUCUGAGAGCAGGCUAACUUUAGAAGACACCCAACAAUGGUCACAGUCACUGGAACGGCUUCUGGAUUCUAAAUAUGGACUUGCAACUUUUCGCAACUUUCUCAAAUCUGAGUACAGUGAUGAGAAUAUUGAGUUCUGGCUCACCUGUGAGGAUUACAAGAAGAUCAAGUCUUCAUUCAGGAUGUCUUCAAGAGCUAAGAAGAUUUAUGAGCAGUUCGUCAAAGCAGAAUCACCUAAAGAGAUCAACAUCGACUAUCACACUCGAGAGCAGAUCAAAAGGAAUAUCAAGUCUCCCACCCUGCACUGCUUUGAAGAAGCUCAGAAGAUAGUUUAUGGACUGAUGGAAAGAGACUCAUACCCACGGUUCCUCCGCUCGGACAUUUAUAGAACUCUCCUUGAAAAUCUUUCUGCUGACGCUGCAAAGGGUUGAGAAGUGCAGAUGAGGGGGGAAAGAGAGAGAGCGGACUUAAAACCUAUAACUGGAAUGUUUGCGCUCCUUCAGGAGGAAGGACUGAACACAAAGAAGGAAGGAAGGUCGAGCUGCUGCACGCCGCAUGGACACAUACAAAGGCCUCGUAGUUUCCGGCGACACUAGACCCAGAAGUGAACUGUGGAGGGUGCCCACACAGAGAACUUCACACCUGAGGACUGUACUAUGAAAAGAAGACAAAUACACGGACCAGCCUUGAUAGAAAGGACCCUUUAUUGUGUGUUUGCAUUGGAUAAAUCUGUGUUCAGGCCGCUUGACCACUUCAAACAAUGAACAAAUCCGAGGGGUGACAGAGGCCCGCUCCUCGAAGCUGCAUAAGUAAACCAUGCAGUGGACCUCCUUUUGGCCUUCUUUGCAGUGGUGUUUCCUGUGCAGAUAACAGUAGUGGAUGUCAGAUGCAACGGUCACACUCGAUCACUUGUGUGUUCAUGUGUGUUUGUGUCUCAGAGAGAGUGUACGAGCGAGAGAGAGAGUAUCUAGUUGUAGCUUUUAAGUGCUACUGACAGAAUAAGCUGUCGCAAUAAGAGUUGGCCAAUUAUCUAACGACAGCCCAAAGGAAGCCAACAGAUCCAAAGUGGACAGAGGACUCAAUAGUUAGGUGUAAUCCUUAGUAAAGGGUUGCAGAAGGCCACUUAGUUCUGCAAGAGGCAUUCUGGGACACUUUAGAAGGAGAUUUUUCCUUUCCUUUUUUUCUUUGGACUGAUACGUGUUUUCAGAAAAUGAUUUUUUGGAUUCAAGCUGCCUUAGAGUGAUAUUUUGUGCCAUUGUUUGAUUUCCUUAAGGUUAAUCACUGCAAACGAAAAGUAGUUUUUAUUUAAAUUCAAAUAUAGGAUGAAUAUAUUCUUAAGUGCGCACAUUUUCUGAGAGGAAGUGGGACUAAACUCUGCACUACAGCAACUAAGAAGUUCCCAGUUUCAACACUGGUGACGUCCAAUUGAACUCCAUAGCAUAAUGAAGACUGCCAGCUGUUGUUGUGGUCAACCAAAUUCUUCCAGAAUUUAAGAGUCAAGAGUUGUGAUUUUGUGUAAUACAUUUUCUGAGUGGAAUUAUUAUAGAGGUAGGAUGUGUCACCUUGCAUGAUAGGAUGGUAAAACUCCUUGUACACCCUAAGAACAAGCCUUGUUACUGCUUCCAAAAGCAUGUUGUUUGAAUGUAUUUUUAGGAGUUCAGAGUAAUGUUAACUUAAAGUUCAACAAUGCAUUAUUUAUUGUUAAUUGUCACUAUUUGAGUAAAAAAGUUUGUUGCAGUGUUGAAGUGCCUGUUAAAAUGUUAGUGAUUUGAAAGUCAUUAAAUUAUUUAAAUUGCUACUUAAAACAAAGCCACCUUUUUUAUGCUCACACUUUGCAGUCCCCCGUUUCGCUCACAGUGACUGAUCUUGAAACGAGGGAUUAGGAAAUUAAUGGUAUGUUUGCAUUAAGAUUGUGAUAUGUUUAAAGCAAUACUCCACCGCAUAAGCAUGGAAACAUGAAGGCUGUGCCAAGUUCUGUUGGGCCAAAGAUUUAUUUUCACUACAGAGGAGUUGUUGGCAAGAGUGCACACUCAAUCAGAAUAACUGUAUACAGUAUAUUUCUCAAAAAAAGUGCUCCUGGUCUUUCGAGUUCAAACUGUUUCAACCUUUGAAUUAAAAUUGAAUUAAGGAAGCUUUAAAUUCAGAAUAAGAACAUUCAUAUUACCAGCCCCUGCUUUAUCUCAGUUGGCAUUUCAACUUUGUGCAACAAGAAAAGACGUUUCUCCAGAUAUUGAUAGAGGAUUUAUGGUGUUAGGAGUUUCCUGUUAUCCUUUUUCUUUAUCACUGAAAAGCAUCUGUAUGCUGGAAAGUUUAAUGCACAAGUGACAUUCUGGUUUUUAGAAACAGGAAGCCCAGGGGAUCAGUCUCUUGUGAAAUCAGUCAAUGUGAGAAGUGAGAUUUAGUCUGCAGUGUAACUCUUCUGUAAAAUGAAAAACACACUUUCAUUUUUAAAAAAGUAACACAUUUAGUUGCUCUUGAAGUCAAUUUUGGUUAAAUCAUUUAAACCUUGAAAAGCUUGGUUUAGAGUGGAAGUUCCUGAUGGAUUAAAAAACAUGGGAAGAAAAUAAAUUCUACAAAAUGUCACAAUAGGAGGAUGUAGAUGUGAGGCAACAGUACCAAGGCCUUGAGACAUUUAUUUUCUUCUUUCUUAAAUGUGCAUUUAAAACUCAUUAUGCAUAGACAGGAAUUUCAACAUGUUUGCAGCUACACUGCCUAGCAUGGAACUAGAUGGUGACGAUGACGAUAAGAUAAGUGAGAGGAGGUCGGAUAUUUUACUCAUGUUUGCCUCCUCAAUCCACAAUGUUGAGAUUUAAAGACACUUUUUAGGUUUACCAUA